UUGAGAGACAUGAAAUUUCAAGAUAACCAACAUUUCAGCCACCACCAUAUUUUAAAAUCACUUGUUCUUAAUGAAGGUGACGAACUUCAAUGCCAAGCCUGUGAGCAGCCUAUUUUCGAGCCAUUUCAUGGCUGCAUCUCUUGCAAUUUCUACCUCCAUGAGAAUUGUCUCAACGCGCCUCGUUCUCUGGUACACCCUUCUCAUCCUUCUCACCCUUUAACUCUUCUUCCAACACCAACUUAUUCUAGCCGAUCUUUUACCUGUAAUGCCUGUGGAUCUGAAGGAAAAUCAUGUAGCCUAAGUUGUGCUCAUUGUGACUUUGAUUUGCACUUGAAAUGUGCUCUUUUGCCUCAAACUGUCUUAUUUGACCAACACCAUCAUGAACUUAAACUUACAUUUGGUUCCCCUUUUGAUGAUGAGGAUGAAAACACCAUUUUUGUUUGUGAUCUCUGUCAUGGAAAGACGGAUCAUAAUUACUGGUUGUAUUAUUGUGCUGGUUGUGAUUUUGGAACACAUAUUGAAUGUUAUGUCAACAAACCGAAAGAAAAUCCUGUAAUCAAGAAAGCAAUCAUUGAACCAGUCAUUAGUACACCAACAAGAAGUCCAAUAAAAAAAACAGAGAAAAAAUCAACCAAGAAUCCUAUAAAAAGCCCCAAAAUGAAGCCACUAUCUCCGGACGAGAAACCAAAAGAAAAUGAAGGAGAAGAAAAGGCAGUGAUCAUGAAAUCAAAGGAAGAACCAGUCAAGAAAGCAAUCAAUGAACCAGUCAUUGCUGCACCACCUAAAAUUGCAGUAAGGAAAACAAAGAAAAUAUCAGCCAAGAGUCCUAGAGAAAAUCCCAACAUGAGGCCAGUAGCUGAAUCAUUGGACGAGGAACCAGCAGAAACUUCAGCAGAUAAACCAAAAGAACAUGAAGAAGGAGAAGAAAAUGCAGUGAUCAUGAAACCAAAGGAAGAACCAAUCAAGAAAGCAGUCAAUAUUGAUCCGGUCAUUAGUGCACCAAUAAAAGGUUCAUCAGUUAGGACAACAAAGAAAAAAUCAGCCAAGAAUCCUAGAGAAAAUCCCAAAAUGAAGCCAGUAUCUGAAUCACCACCAGACGAGAAUUCAUCAGUCGAAACGGAAGAAAAUGAAGAAGGUGAAGGAGAAGGAGAAGAAGAGGAGUCAGAAUUAUCAUAUUAUGAAGCUCAGCGCAGAUUGAAAGAACAACAUAUGAAACACAUGCUCAUGAUGCAAGCUCUGGACAAUGCUGCAAGCUACGUUGGGCCAUCACGCGGUUAUAAUUACUAUUAUUGACCUUUCAUUCAACUUCAUCACAGUGACGAAGAUGAAAGUUCAGUAAUCUUGCACAUUCAGGAUUUGCCACAGAGUAAUAUGUUGAGUUCCAGAUGCUAUGAUCUGUUGGAACACAUUGAUUUGAUUGAAGUAUUUCUAGAUUUCCCUGCGUUUCAAUAUUGGUAUUACAUGUUUUUUUGAAGUACUAAUUUCUAUA